ACAUUUUUAAGCUACCAUUCCUUUUAUAGAUGCAGCAUUAUUUCAAGAGUUCGUCGGCCGGAAGUUAGCAAGAAAGUCACGUGAGAUAAGGCAGCUUUCGAGCUUGUGUCGUCACAUCCUCUCGUAGCCAUUAUGAUCACGGAGCUCGGGUGAAACAUGUCUAAUAUUGGAAAACUAUUCAAAAUUAAAGGAACUAGACCUCCUAGGCCACCGAAGAGGGACUACGAUGAGAAUAGGAGUUCUAGUGAUUGCUCUGAAGACGAUGAAAGCUAUUCAGACCCGGCCACUGUCCAUCCAACGUUAUCGCCGAAUGAGAGUCCUGUAAUGCCCAGUUACCCUCCUCCGAGACCAAAUCAUUCGCCCGCUAAUCGCCGCGUUCACGAUGCAGGGAAAAGGGCUUCAGUGCCUGUUACGUUUGGCCAGUCGAUUAAACCUACCAGAUCACAGAGACCACAAAGUGCAGAGCUUUUGCAGCAGGGAAAAAUGCCUGUACCUGGGCCAAGAUUCGGCUCGAAGGUACGAAAUUAUUUUCUGAGUUGUUAUUAAUAUCCGCCCGCAAGGCUUAUGUAAGCUUGCUCGUAUCAUUUUAAUUAUUUUAAUUCCUCGAUCUCAUCAUUUUUUUUUCAUUCAAAUGUAAAUAAUUUCCCAGCGAGAUUUAAUGUAAAGUUUGAACGAAAUAUUUUAAGAAUUGACACCAUGUAGUCUACUUUAGUUUGAUGAACGAAUAGCUGAUCAUGGAGCAGUUGCGAAAUAUUCACCUCUUCGCAGACUUCAGCAUGCACGCAUUCACUUCUUAAAUAAGUUAAUCCAUUAACUUUUUUGUGGGCGAUGUGGGGAUAAAUAUCAAUUAUAAAUGUGUACAACGACCUAUGAUGAUUCCACACACGAUAUAGCUAUUAAUGGAACAUUCCACACAACUCAAUGUCACAUGCAUCUUGGAUGUACUUGUCUUCUUGUGUCUGUUUACCAAUUUCAGCCGAGGUUGAUGUUUAUUUUCCAUUAUUUGAUAUAAUAUUAUAAUUAUAAUAUAUUAUACACGAUAAUGAUUCUCAAACGGAUAUGAAAAUUUCCACAAUAUAAAGGUAUUUCCACUGACAUAUUUAGUCAUAGACAAAUAUCAACUAAAAAUAACAUUUAUUUCAUUUUUUUAUGUUAUUUUAAAGCUUUCCAGACUAUGUUUUGUAAAUGUAAAUAUGGAUGAAUUCAGUUUCAUUGCAUUGUCCUUGCCCCUGAAAUACAUCAAUUUAGGUGUUGAUUAGUGGUAGAAAUGGUAACUUUCCUGUUUCCUCAUUGCUGCAGCAUAUGAGCUGUGUCAACCGGGCUGAUUUGGCAUGCAACUUCCUCUCUGACUGCUAUUGUCCAUGGCUAGCCCAGUUUUAAAGAUCUCAGUUUACAACCAUGCUAUGAAUUUUUCCAUAUGAAAACUCAAGCCCUUGUUGCAAAGGUUUCUCUCUGUUCACCUUAGUUUUUGCCCUAACAUUUCAUAUACUAACUGUAAUAAUACUGAUAUCUGCACCACGGACAAAGUUAACCCUGUCAUUAUUAGGAGUGACAAAAUUGGAAUUUCUUAUUCAAAUAUCAAUGUAUUUUCCAGCAGUUAGUGAUGAGAAGAAAAAAUAUGCAACUUGAGGAUGCUGUGUGAUUUAACCUAAAUUUCCCUCCAUUUCCUUAAUUUGCUAUUUUCAAACCCAGAACCAUAUUUAAAUAUUUGACUUGCGCUGGUAUGUAGUUAAUGUUUGAUAUGAGAGUUGCUUUGAGUUGUUCAUACAAUUGAGUGAAAAAGUUGAGAAUUUUUGCAGAGGUAAAUUAAGAUAGAGAUUCUAUUGUCAUGCAGGUAACAGCAUAUUUCUUCCUGAGGGUACCAGAAGAAAUAAAAAUCUUUCAACAGGAAAUUUUUUUUAUUUUAAUGGUGGACAAAUUGAUUGUAAAAUUUUGUUAGCAUAAAUUUAUUUCAGUUUGACCCAACACAGGCAAAGCAAUGACAGGAUUCAUGAAUUAUACUCAGUGUAUAAGGUUACCUGAGUAGGCUGUGAUAAGUCUUUUUGCAAAAGUUUAUUAAUGUAUCAGUCUUUGUGUCAACAUGUGUUGCUUUUUCAUAAACACAUGCUUCACGACACCCAGCUUACAUCAUACAUGUACAGCUGUAUGUAGUUUGACAAUUGACUCAAACUCUAUCGAGUAUGAUAAAUUUACAGACAAAUAUUGUUCAAGAGACACUGAAUAUUUGAAUAAGCAUUUUAUAGUUUUUUACCAUGGUAGCAAAAAUUAAUUUCAACUAGGUAGCUUGUUUUACCAAUCAAAUGUUAAUUCUGUUCUUGAUAAUUUUUUUCCCUUAAUGAAACCAUACCCUGUAUUCAGAAAAAGCCAUCAAAAGCUGAUAAUUUUAGAGAUUGAAGAUGAAUAACUUUGAAUUUAGGGGAAUUCAUUAUCAUAAAAUUUACCUUUAAACCUGAGCUGAAAAAAUCUUUGAUCAUAUCAUAUUUUUACUAAAGCAAGACUUACAAAGUAAACCUCGUGUAUUCUGUGGAUUUCCUUCCUCCCUUGUCCCUUCUAAACUGCUUGGACUUCAUUAUUAACUGAGAUUAUGUGAAUUUGACUUUCAGUUUUUCACUAAAAAUUUGCAUAUUUGAAAUCAGUCUGUUUUGGUAAAUUUGUUCUUUCAGGUGGCACUAUUUUUAUUUUUAAUUACUUAUUAUGUCAAGCAGUCAGUCAUUCAAUAAGAAAUUCCCAAACCAUUUUGUGGUUAAAAGAAAUACUUUUUAAGUGCCUGAAGGUUUCUGUAGUUAGAUCUGGAUCAUACCUGAGUUAAAAUUUACCAGAGAAAGCAGCAAGCCAGCCUCUGUUGUUAGUAAUUGGAAUUCAGUUUGAAACCACAACCCUAUGUAAAUAGCCUGUUAUUUAAUUGAUGGACGUGUUCUCAGAAGAGACAAUACAUUUUGCCCCCUGGCUGAAGGACAAUUGAUUCUCGGCUUCUUCAUCAGCAUGUUCCUUCAAAGAUGUAACUGUGUGCGAAGUUGUACAUCGGACAGAAAUUUCAAGAAAAAGGUAAAAGAAUUCUUUAUUUAGGUUCUCUGUAUGAUAAUUCUGGUAAAAUUGUUUGGGUAUUCUGGGCGGUUAAAUGGUGAUUCACAAGCAUUUUGGCAGACAUUUUUAUUGCAGUUGUAAUUUAUAAUCACAGAUGUUUUGUAUUCAACCACUGUUGAAAGUAUAGGACUAAAAGGCACGUUGGUAAUUAUUUGGCAAAAUUUUCAGAGGCUAAUGUCAUUUAAUUUCUUUCAAAAUAAUUAUUUUUUGAAUAAACCUUCCCGUGACAAACAAAAUACUUGCAGCUCCAUGAUAUUUUAGUGACAGUUGGCUGCAUUUAUAUUACUUGUAUAUGAUACACUUUUUAUCUCUUAAAAUGAAAUCUCAUUCAUAAAUUUUUCAAUUGAGUUUGAGAUUUCAAUAUAUUUUUUUCAUACACUCAUCAGAUAAAUUAUGUUCCUAGUCUUACAAGAGUGAAAAAUUUCUACAUGUUUCAUAUUUUCAAUCCAGUUCAUAAAGGGGCUCUGGUUUCAAUUGAACCUAGUGUUUCACAAUAUUCUGUUUAUUGCUUCAAGACCAUACAUGAAGCUAUUAUAUGCAUGCAUACAUGUUUUAUCAGGCAGAGUUCAAAUUGUAUUUUGUAUAUUAUAUUGACUAGUUUAUAUUUCAUCUCUUUGCUCUAUACUCUAUAGAGUUUGCUACAUUUUUUAUCUGCUUAGAAUGUCUCAAACUAAAAUUGAUUCAUCAUGCUUGUGUGAUAUUUUUUCCAUUUAGCCAGACCUUGUUGAUCUCAAAUAUUUGUUUGACUUUUUCCAUAAUUUUAUGUCAAAGAGCUUUGUUCAUAAUUUGCAUACAACAUGUGGCACUUUACUCUGAUUACUGCUUCCACUCUGACUCCCUUUUAAAAUUUAAAAGCACAUGGAUACUGGUGGAUAAUUAUUUUAUAGUUAGGCACAUGUUUUACUACUACAGUAGAUAGAAUUAUUGGUUGGAAGCAUAGGAAUCUUGAAGAAACAAUUUUUUUCCUCAAAGGACAACAUUGUUUCAGCUAUGCAGGUGUUUGUGGCUUUCUUUUUAAUGUUUAGGAUGAAUAACUUGCUACAACAGCACAUGUUGUGUUAUGCUGUACUUGUGUGUUGUAAAAUGGUGUAAAAGAACAUAGACUCUAUUGGUCAUCUUUUACUUUUCUUUCUUUCUUUGUUCAUAUUUAUUUGGUCGGUGAAGAGAGGAAAAUCCAAAGUGCUUCACUGAAUCACCUGCCUUACCAAAAAUCUCCUGUACAAAAGAAUCUUUGGGUUGGAUGCUUUUCACUAGGCUUUGUAAAUCAGAAAAUUCUCUGGCUAAAUUUAUGUGGCCUCAGUUCUAAUUUUUUAUCCAGAUGUGUAGUAUGUUCUCCUGUUACUCUAAUCUGUUCCUUGCAACAACAGUUCUCAAUGAAAAUGUUUUUUUGUAGCAAGCCAUGUAUCCUGAGAAGUUGAAGAUUUGUACAUUGAAAAUUCUAUUAUGAUAAUAUUUGUUACAACAUGAUUAAUGGUUAACCUACCACUUUUUUUAAAUCAAAUUUUGCUACUUCCUAGAUGCCUGAUGACUACUCAGAUCCAUGGGAUGCCAAAAAAGCAAUGUCCCCUGGUGGAGACUAUUCUGAUCCCUGGGAUGCUACAAACACCCAACCAGGGGCACUCACUGACCCCACUAAGGCUGGAAGAAAGACUUCAAAAGAUGAUUAUAUAGACCCCUGGGAUGCAAAGCAGGAUGGAAAAACACAGGUGGAAAGGGUAACAGUUGAGAAAGUUAAGCAUCAGAGUAAUGAAGACUCAGAUGAAGAAAGUUAUUCUGAACCUUAUGACCUUGGCAAAGUCACAUUGUUAGAUGAGCAAGCUAAGAGAAUGUCUCUGAGGGGAAUGCGUCCAUCGUCUGUUGACGGAACAUUUUCUGAACAGGAGGAAAACAGAUUCAGAAAACACAGUGAUACUGGAGCAAAAAAGUAAUAAUUUUGAUCUGUAACUAAUUGUCCUUUUCUAGCAUCAGAUUAUGGUACAUUUAAUUUUUAAUGCAAUAAAUUCAGCCUGGGUCAUUCAGCAUUUGUGGCCAGUCAUCAGACAAAUUUAAAACAAAAUGAUUUUUUUUUGUCAAGUCCAACUGGACCAUAAAACAACUGAACCUAAAUUCCUUUUGAACUGUUUUUUUGAUUGUCUGAAAGAUGUUGACUCUGGUUGAAGUGUUUGCAUGGUAAGACUCCUACAGCUAGCUAUGUGAAUAUUUCUUAGAUUCACAUACUGAACAUGUUUUCUUAUUUGUGGUCUUGUCAGUUUCAUUGCAUAAUAACAAACAUACUUGUGAUGACAAACCAUGUGAAAAUCAGCUACAUUCAUUUGAUUUUGUCACUCAAUGCUCAUUGCAAAUUAUUUUUUGCUUUUGUUAUAGUUUUGAAAAACUGUAACAUGUCAGAAUCCUAUAUUAGCUAAAUAGUAAAGUUGAAACAAAAGACUUAUUGCCUUUUUUUGAAUCAAAGAAACACAUUAUGUGUACGAUUGUACUUAAUAUCUUAUCUUGAUCAAUAUCCAUUUUUCAACAGACAACAGUCUCCUAGCAGGGAUCAAAGAUCAGCAGAUGAUUAUGACUCACCCUGGGAAAGCAAAUCUUUUCUGGGAAUGCAGCAGAAAUCUCCAAACUUACCCCAAGAGAGACCUCAAGUUCCUGUGACUGAUACACGCUCAUCUGAUGAUUAUGACAAACCAUGGGAGUGGAACAAGAAUAUUAAUCUGAAUGGCCAUACACAAGGGCCAAGACAACAGGAACCUGUUCAGUCACCUAAAAUUGACGCUCGGCAUCCAGAUGAUUAUGAUGCACCCUGGGAGUGGUCAAAAUCUGGCCUUACAUCAAAGGUGAAGGGUCCAAGGGAAGGAGAGGCACAGGGCAUGGCCUUAGUUGCCCCUUCUAAGCCACCAAGAACAUUUGUUGAAGAUGGAUCCCCCAUUGACCCUUCUUUGCCACUGGCACGACAGGGGUGAGUUAUAUAAUUGAAUUGUUAUUCCAUAUGUACAAGAAAAGUAACCCCAGGUUGUGAAUGUUGUGUUUGCUAUGACAUGUAGAUGUAGAUGACAUCCCCAAAUUUUGACUUGACUCUUUAAUUUCUAUCACACAGUAAGGUCAUAAGAAUAAAGGAAUUGAUCACCAAGUUAAGAAGCUCUUGAUUGUUAAAGAAAGCAUGGGCUUUGAGCCUAGAAGAAGUGCAAGUUUUGAGGGUUGUUUGUACUGUAUCUGUCCUGAUCAUUAAUUUUCAUAUUUAAAUCUUGAAAUACAGCUGGUAUCAUGGACCUUUAAAGCGACUGGAAGCAGAGAGACUCCUACAAUCUGCUGAAGACUGCAGCUUCUUACUGCGACAAUCUGAGAGUAGUAAAAAUGACUUCUCUCUGUCUGUCAAGUAAGGAUUUGUUAUAUCAAUUAUUGCCUAUUUGUUAUUUUCAGUACAACUUUAUCCAUUCAAUACACCAUAAGAAUUCACUUUGCUUCACACUAACUGAAAAUUUACUGUUCUUAUUCUUAAAGUUAAUAUCAUUUUUAAAGUCAUUAUUUCAAGAGGAACAUGAGAGAAUUCUAAACAAGUUUGUUAAUUUGAUUUACCCCAAGUGUAAGCUCUUUGCCCUCUUCAUCAUUUUUUAAUAUUUUUCUGUUUUAUUUUUGUUUAGAAAUAACAACUCCUUCAUGCAUUUAAAGAUUGUUUGCCAAGGCAAUAGAUACAUCUUGGGACAAUUUAGUAAGCCAUUCAACACUGUACCAGAAAUGAUUCACUACUAUUCCUUAAACAAGCUCAACAUUCGAGGAGCUGAACACAAAAAACUCUUACACCCAGUGGUACCUCCCCCUGAGUAUUUUACACUGGAGCCAGGUGGAUAUCCCACAGCAAGCUGAGAGUCACAUUCCUGCAUCAUAUCAUGAAGGCCCUUAUGGGUGGAAAAGCUCUCCUGACAAGCCUUGGAAAGUCAAAGUGCAGAGAUCACUGUAUUGAAAUAGUGAAUUUAAAAUAAUCUAAUUAAUUUUAAAUUUUUUUGUAAUCAUCAGUGACAAAUGUUAAGGGAAUGGUAUUUUAAUUUCAUUUAAAUUCUGUUAUAUGAAUAGUUGGCAUUAAAAAAAAAAUGAAACAAGCAGGAUCAUGAGUAGAGUUAGUCUUUUCACACAAGUAUUAUAGUUUUAAGUGUUUGCCAACACAUGUGGAAUUAUUGUUCGAUUUUUAUUUCAGUUGACUUUGAAGUAAUCCUUGAUAGUAGUGUUCAUAAUAGAACACUUUUCAGUUGUAGCAAGCUCAUUUCUAGAUUUUUCUCAAGCCUCAAUUAUUAUCUUGAUAGUGUUUUACCUUUUGAAGGAGCAAUCUUUUUUUGCUAUUUUAGUUGUUUUUAGUGUUGCAUGUUGCCCAUUGUGGGUAAAAGAUAACUUUGACUGAUUUACCAUUUAGUUAAAUCUUGUUUUACCAUCAGACCAUCAGACCAUCAGGGAGAAUGUACAAAAAAGGAAAGUCUGUAUUAUAAUAGUGUCAAUAGGAGUAGUCUUAGAGCUCCAUGUAGUUGUGGAGAAAUAAUUUGGUAUUGAAACUGUUACUUUUAACCUUUGAGUUUUGUUUUAAUGAAUGAAAUUUACCAUUUUAAAGAAAGGGUGAAAUGCUUUAGAAAAGAAUUGAAAUGAAUGGCCUGAAAUAUAUCACUUGUGCGAGUGUCUGUGUUCUGCAGUACACUGUGCAGUUGGUUCAUUUGAAAUAUAAAUGAAAAUUUUGAUGUAGAAUUGUUUCUCAAAUCAAGGAUCAAGUAGCAGUGGUAAUCUUUUGACACUGACUCUUGGAAUGUUACCAGCAAUCAUUUAAGGUCAUUUUAGUAGCUAGUAAUAAUAACACAAUUUACCCCUUGAAAGUCGUCUGAAACAUACCAGAUCCAGGAAUUUCAAUAAAAUCCAGAAUUCUCAAAUAUAAUUAAUGUAAUGUGGACUCUAUAUGAUACUAUGCAACAUAUAAAAAUAAGCAAUAAUGUAAAAAUCAUGCUUGAAAUAGUGAGAAGUCUUUAAACACCGGGUUUUAGAUAGCUGUAGGAAUUUAUUUACAUGUAAUCAUCACUAGUCAUUCUUCUCUCGACAUUUGAUCACCUCUAUUUCUAGUUAAGAUUUCAUUCUCGAGAUAAUUUCACCAAUCUGGCUUCUCGUCUUCGAAAGUCCCGAAUUCAUUAGGAAUAUUGAUAAAGCUAAAUAAGUAUAUUUUGAAACUUGGAAUAUUAAAACUUGAACUAACUGUUGG